GCGCUGCUCCCGGCCCCGUGGGCACCGGCCGCUGCCUCCCCUGCGCUGCCCUGUGCGGGCGGAGCCGGCGGUGAGGCCUGGGCGGGCUGGGGCGCCCUCAGGCCCGGUUCCGUCAGAGCGGCCGGGCCGUUAGGACCGGGCUGGCAGGACCGGUCGCUGCCGGAGUGCUGCAGCACGGACCGCAAACGCGGGCCCUGUGACUGGCACUUCGGCACAGGACAGGGAUCCCUUACACCGACGGGUUUUAAACAUAAAUAUUUACAUUGUGUGCCACAGUGGGAGUGGUUGCAGGAUGCCUCACUGCACCAGGGCUCUGCUGUCACCUCAGUGAUGCUUCAGGAAGAGGAAUUAUUUGAGCUGAAAUAGAUUUCACUACCCAAGCAGGACCAGUGCUGCCUUCCCUGAGUUCUGCUGGUGGCAAUGCCUGGGCUCCUCCCCACCACGGCCAGGGUCAGCCUGCUGGUGCUGCUGGGUUCCCUGCUCUUCUCCUGCUCCAGCCUGAGCCACAGAGCGCCCGAGUUUGCCCUUACAAAAAUAGAAGAGAGCGACAUCAAAGAUGCCAGUGGGAAGGAGCCGGUGACAGAGGAUGACGCUGAUCCCGAGGACCUGGAAGUGUUUCACCCCACGGAUCAGUGGCAAAGCCUGCGUGCAGGUCAGGCUGUUCCUGCAGGGUCACACGUGAGACUGAACCUGCAGACAGGAGAGAGAGAAGCCAAGCUCCCAGACAGAGAAAACGGGCAAAGUGACUCGAGAGAAGAGAGAAGAAGGAGAAGGCUGGGCAAGGUCGAUGUCGAUGCAAAUUCAUUCACAUCUGAGGAGCUCAAAAAGGCCCUGGCUAAAAUGAAGGCAAGUGAGAAGGCAGAAAGGAAGGCCCGGGAGGAAGAGGUGAGGAAGAAGUUCCGGCCCAUAGAGCAGCUGAAGGAAGAGUUUGAAAAGCUGAACAUGAAGAUAGAAACAGAUUAUGAAAUUAUGGUUAAAUUAAUCAGCAAAUUCAACAGCUCUGCCUCCACGCUGGAUGAAAAAGUAGCAGCACUUUAUGAUCUCGAAUAUUAUGUUCACCAGGUGGACAAUGCCAAGGAUUUCCUGUCCCUGGGUGGGCUCCAGCUGGUGAUCAAGGGGCUGAACAGCAGCGAGGCCUCGCUGAAGGAACACGCUGCCUUCGUCCUGGGAGCUGCCCUGUCCAGCAACCCCAAAGUGCAGAUCGAAGCCAUCGAGGGGGGUGCCCUGCAGAAGCUCCUGGUCAUCCUGGCCACAGAACAGCCCCUGGCUGUCAGGAAGAAGGCUCUCUUUGCUCUGUCCUCCAUGCUGAGGCACUUCCCCUAUGCCCAGCAGCAGUUCCUCAAGCUGGGAGGGCUCCAGGUGCUGAGGAGUCUCUUCCGGCAGAAGGGGAUGGAGCCGCUCCGGGUCCGCGUGGUGACGCUGCUCUACGACCUCAUCAUGGAGAAGAUGCUGCUGGAGGACUCCCAGCACGGCGAGCAGAUGGAGGAGAAAAUGCAGCAGUACCAGCAGGUCAGGCUGGUGCCGGCGGUGGUGGAGCAGGGCUGGUGCGCCCUGGUGCCCAAGCUGCUGGCCAUGCCCGAGCACGACACCCGGGAGAAGGUGCUGAAGCUGGUGGGGGUGCUGGUGGCCUUCUGCAGGGAGCUGUACCGCGGGGACAGCGCCCUGGGCACCGCCCUCAGCCUCCUGCGCAGCGAGUACGAGCAGCUGGCGGCCGAGGAGCAGAGCCAGGGCGACAAGGACGGCUACUUCAGGGAGCUGCUGGCCUCUGUCAACACCAUCCUCCGGGAGCUGGGGUGACGCCCUGGGUGCAGUCCAGCUCCAGGGAAUUCCAGGUGACAGCAAGUUUGGAUGGCACCGGUGUAGGUGCACUUUGGAAUAAACUGCUGGACUAAACGAGAUUCCAGCACUGUGUGCCAACAAUUUCAUUAUUAAAAUACGCUGGGGC